AAUGAAAGCGGCGAGUCUAUUAAAUCUCUUCUUUAUUUGCCUAUGCUUUUCAAUACCAUUAACUGGCCAACAAGUGAAUAUAGUUGAUCCACCAAGGGGUGACGUAGUCGUGGAAAAUGGUAAACCCGUUCAAGUGGGUUGUAAAGUGGAGAAUUGCGACAAUUCAUGCAGCGCUCAGUUACAUAAAGAUCAGUUAAUGAUAUGGCACAAGGAAACGGGAUUCUAUAGUCCCCUUAAGGAUGAGUUGAUGUUUGUUGGUAACGAGAAUGACGGAGACUUCACCAUAAGAAUUCCAAAACCUUCCAUUAAAACUGACGGUUUUUAUAAGUGGAAGUUUAUACAAAGGAAGAAUAAUAAGUUCCAAAGGCCAAUCGAAACUGUUGCUGCUUAUAUCAACGUUACAAUAAAACCCGAAAAACCAGUGAUAACGUCGGCAGAACACGAUAAACUAUUUUUGAUAAAGAAACGUAAGGAAGGCGUUGAAAAAGUCGAAAUAUUUUGUACAGCGAAUCUGGGUAAACCGCCUCCGGUAAUCAGAUUACAGGUGGGUGAUAAUCAGCCAUUACUACCUACAAGAAGCUUCUCGGUGGCUAGUGGAAUUAGCGAAGAAAUUAGCAAAUUACAUAACGUUACAGCCAAGUUUGAAAUUGAUCUGGACAGAAGUUUAGACAACGUUAGGGUCACGUGUACUGCUACCAAUUACGCAACUAAACAACUUGGUAUAUCUCUGGAGAGUUCGGCUGUUAUUAAAAUUUUAUCUCCUCCGACUAUUCACAUCCGACAAACUCCUGAGGGUCACGUGACUGAAAAUGACACUGUCACUAUUGAAUGCUGGUCAACAAGUGAACCGAAAGUAUCAGUUUGGCGAUGGAAAGAAAACUCUAGUUCAAUUAAUAUUAGAACUUCUACGUAUAAAUUUAUCGCUAGACGGCGCUACCACACGACGAAAUUUAGCUGUUUCGGCGAUAAUAGAGUAGACAACGCAAGCAAAUCAGUGGUUUUAAUGGUGCAAUACCCCCCACGGUUUUUGAAUGAUGCCAAACCCGUUCAAAUUAAUUUGACGAUGAGUGAAAGCGUCGAAUUAAAUUGUAAAGUGGACGCCUAUCCGACAGCAAUAGUUUAUUGGACAAAGGACGGCAGAAACGUACAUGCAGGUGAAAGUUAUAGGUUUACAGUUGAUUCUCCUUCAAAAUUGGGCAAAUACGUAUGCACCGCAGUUUCAGUACGUUUUCCCAACGUAUCAAGGGAUAUGCACGUAUUUCAAAAACAUAAACCCAAUAUAAUUUCCAAGUUAACACAAACUGGAGAAUACAAGGCUAAGGGAAGUCUUACGUGUACAGCAUUAGCUCAGCCAGAUCCUUAUCGUUUUAUAAUGUUGAAAAAUGGCAAAACCGUUCCAGUUUCUUCCUUAGAUAGGCUUGUAUCAAAAGUAGAAAAGAUAUUGGGCGGCGCCAAAUAUACUUUAACUUUUACUGAAUUACAAUCUAGCGAUUUUGGGGAAUAUAAUUGCACAGUAUAUAACCAAUUGGGUUCCGAUUGGAAACUAAUCAAUUUCGAAGAAACAAAAUCGCCUGAUUUAAAGUAUAUUUUGAUCGGCUCAAUGGCUGGAUUAUUAGUAGUUAUUUUGUUGAUCGUAAUUAUCGUUUCCUGCAAACUUAGGCAACAUAGUAGUUCAGGUAAAGUUGACAAACAAGCACCUGUCACAAUAUCAAAUUGCCUUCUCUUGACCGUUACAGAUUCAAAUGCUAGUACGACGCCAAUGCAUGUCGAGCCAAUCAAGAACGUUGUUGAUGUUGACAAGAAAGAUACUUUUCCUGACGACAAUAUCUGCGAUCUAUCUAACUACUCAGAACACUGGGAUUAUUCAACAUACCCGGGAGAUUUUAUAUACGAUCAACAUUAUCCGGACGCUAUAAAACAGUCCUAUUUACCAGCAGCAAGACCGGACAGUCGAUUAUCAACGAACGUUUAA